AUGUCCACCGCCAGAGAAGUGCUCGGUAAGUCUGGUUUAGCUUUUUUCUUGUUCAGUUUAGAGAUGAAUGAAUGGAAGGCUUGGAGGCAUGGAAUUUUAAAAAUUUAAAUAUUUUUGUCUUAAAUUGGCUUAACUUCAAAAUUUAGGAUUUUUAAGACUAAACUUUUGGUUAUAAGCCUAAAGUUAUAUUUGUAAGCUUAAAAUCUUACUUACAGAGCUUAAAAAGCCUUUUAAUCUUAAAGUUUUAAUUCAUAGCUUAAAUUUAUAGUUAUAAGACUAGAAUUUCAUUUCUAAGCCUAAGGUCUUGUUCAUAGGUUUAUAGUUUCAUCAUUGAACAUAAAGUUUAACCUAUAAGCGUAAAAUUUAACUUGUAAGCUUAAAGUUUUACUUAUGAGCCUAAAAACCUUUUCUACCUAAAAAUUCAUUUAUAAGCCUACAACUUUAUUUAGAAAUUUAAAAGUUUAUUUGUAAGCUUAUAAACAUAGAACCCUUGUCAGAAGCCUAACGGUUCAUGCACAUGUCCAAAGUUUUAGUUAGAACCCUAAAAGCCCACUUAUAAGCCUAAUACUCAUUAAAAUCCUAAAAGUUUAUUUAUGCUUAAAAUUUUAUAUAUGAGGUUAAAAGUUUAUUUAGAAGCCUAAGACUAUAGUUAGAAGCGUAAGAUUUGAUUUAUAAGCCUAAAAGCUUAGUUAGCCGCUUAAAAAUCAUUUACAAGAUUACUAUUUAAUUUAAGGUUCUAAAAGUUCAUUCAUAAGCCUAAAACUUUAGUUAGAAACUUAAAAGUUUAUCUCUAAGCCUAAGACUUUACUCAGAAGCCUAAAACCCUUUUUAUAAGCUUAAAGCUUCAUUAUUAAACCUAAACUUUUAUUUAUAAGCCUACAGCGUUAUCCUUGAUUUAAAAUUUUUUGUUUUAAGCCAAUAUUGUUAUUCAUAAGCCUACACUUUCAUUUAUAAGGUUAAAAGUUCACAUUUAAACCUAAAAUAUUUGAUUUAAACCUAACUUUCUAUUCAUAAGCCUAAACCUUCAUUUAUAAGGUAAAAAUUUAAUUUAUUAGCUUGGGUGUCAUUUCUAAGCCUAAAUUUUCAUUUUAAGCCAUUUUUUCUGCCAAUUUAUCAAUAUAAUGUAAUUUUUUUCCAUUUACCACUCCUUCAAAUCAUGUAAAGUUGAAUAUUUUUGUAAUAUUAAUAUAAAUUAGGGUAUCACACCAAUCUCGGCUAAAGCGUUGUUUGUUUUUGGCAGAAUUCCGCGAAGAACCAUAAAAUAGCGUGGGGCAAUCUUCUCCCCCCCCCUUUACUAUGAAAAAACAAGUGAAUAAGCGUUUGGGGACCGCCGUUUUUAGGCCGCGAAACAUUUUUUCGCCGGAUUUUAAAGGAUAUUUGUUGGGCCGCAGGGGAAUUGUGGCUGCCCCGAUUUCUUGUUUUUCCUCAAAGGCUCGGGCUGUGAAAAAUACGUAUUAAGGGGGGUUGGUAAAUACAAAAAUAAGAAACUAUGAGAAUAAAAAAGGGGGGAGGGGACGACAGGGACAUUUUUACAAAAAAAUUUUUUUUUGGAGUUUGGGUGGGGCGGUAAAUGAAAAAAUUUGACAUAGGAGGUAGAUAAUUGAAAAAAAUGAAAUCAGCGGGGUGCAUUUUGAAAAAAACACAAGCUGGGGUAGAUUUUUUAUUACAAAUCCACUUUUGUUUUAAAAAAUCGCAAUAACUUUCUUUACAAAACAAAAAAUGUUUUUUAUCGUACAACUUGUCACCCGCAGGCUGCAGAAUACAAAAUUUGGUUAUUUCAUGAAGGAACGGCAAAAACUUUCUUUACAAGUCAUAAAAUGGCAAGAACUUUGUUUAAAAAACAUAAAAUGGCAAGAACUUUCUUUACAAAACAAAAAACGGCAUUUAUCGUAUAACUUGUCACCAGGCUGCACAUUAAUAAAUUUAGUUAUUUUACGAAAGAAUGGGAAGAACUUUCUUUACUACACAAAGAAUUGCAAGAACUUUCUUUACAAAUCUUAAAAUGGCAAGAACUUUCUUUACAAAUCUUAAAAUGGCAAAAAUUUUCUUUACUAAACACUAAAUUGCAAGAACUUUCUUUACAAACCAUGAAACCUUAAGGACUUUCUUUGCAAGUUUAUAAAUUUGCAUAAAAACAUAAAAGUUUUUAUUUCGUCGCCAACAUAGUUACAUGCGUAUUUUACAAAAAAGUGUAAUCUUUGGUCGUUGUCAACCAUACAUCUUUCUGUCAUUGUGUAUUCCUCGCGCCUUCAAAAAAAGCCAUUGGAAUUCCCGGGAGUUUCGAAUCGUAAAAUAUAUACUUAUUCAAAUAGUGCCAAAUUUCCCUUUUUUUAUGUGGGAAUUUUACAGAGCCCAUAAAUACGUCAACAAUAGCGCAUAUUGUGGUAAUGGGGACGUAAUUUUAAAAAAUUAACUUUUGAAAUGGAGAAAGGGCAAGAAUUUUCUUUACAAAACAUAAAAUGGCAAUGACUUUGUUUACAACACAUAAAAUGGCAAUAACUUUCUUUACAAAACAUAAAAUGGCAAGAACUUUCUUUACAAAACAUAAAAUGGCAAGAAAUUUCUUUACAUAAUACAAAAUGGCUUUCAUCGUACAACUUGUCAUCCGCAGGCUGCGCACCAUAAUAUUUAGCGCUUUUACGAUAAAAAUGACAAGAACUUUCUUUAAAAAAAAUUAAAUGGCAAAAACUUUCUUUACAACACACAAAAUUGCAAGAAAUUUCUUUACAGAACAUAAAAUGGCAAGAACUUUCUUUACAACACAUAAAAUGGCAAGAACUUUCUUUACAGAACAUAAAAUGGCAAGAACUUUCUUUACAGAACACAAAGUGGCAAAAACUUUCUUUACAUAAGGUAAAAUGGCUUUCAUCGUAUAACUUGUCACCGGCAGGCUGUGAAGCAUAAUAUUCGCGUUUUUACGAUUAAAAUGUCAAGAAUUUUCUUUACAAACAAACGAAAUAGUUCAAAUAGAACAUUUUAACCUUUCCCUAAGCACUCCUCUUUCAUUCUGGUCAACCUCCCCCCUUUUGAAAUUUUUUUGAUGUAUCCUCAUUCUUCCCUCUUACCUACUCUUUAUCCCAUUCAAAUACUAGCCAUUUACCACUGGUGUAUGACAAUUUAAUAUUAACUAGCAUUGCAACUCUAACGUCUUUUCAAAUUUAAAAAAAAAUUCAAAUUUCAAAUUUUCCAAAUUUUUUAAAAUCCGGACUUUUUCACAAAUUUCGCUUUUUUUCAGAUGAAGUGCACGCGAAACUCGCCGAGUUCAAGGUGGAACUGGACGCAAGAAUGAGCGCGGCGAAUGGUCGGGCCGCCAGAACCACCACCGACAACAAUGGCACACCGUCCAGCCGGCUGGCCGGUCAGCCCAACUUCGCUUCACAUCAGGUGCAGUAUUGCGGGCCGUACAAGUUGGAGAAGACGCUUGGCAAGGGACAAACGGGUAGGUUGAGGGGUUGAUAAGGGGUAGAUUUUGGGGUUUUGAAUUUAAAAUGGCAAGAACUUUCUUUACAAAACAUCAAAUGGCAAGAAAUUUCUUUACAAGGCUUAUAAUGGCAAGAACUUUCUUUAAAAAACAUAAAAUUGCAAGAACUUUCUUUACAAAACUUAAAACGUCAAGAACUUUCUUUAAAAAACGUAAAAUGGGCUUUAUCGUAUAACUUGUCACCGGCAGGCUGCAGAACACCUAAUUUUGUUAAUUCAGGAUGAAAACGCAAAAACGUUCUUUACAAUGCCCAAAAAUCAUAAAAAUAUUACCUUCCCUCCACCCCACCACCACAAAAAAUGCCCUUACCCACCCCCGCCCCUACAACGAAUUACCUCACUCCAUCCCCCCCCUUCUACCAAAAAAAUAUUAAAUUUCCUUACCCUCUUCCUACUACAAAAAGCCUACAUCCUCCCCCCCCUCCCACAAAAAACCCUCCCCCCCCUCACCCACCAAAAAACCGGAAUAAUAACCACCCAUACACCAGUAAUAUCAUAGUAAACCACUGCUUUAUAUAGCCCUUUUGAAUAAUAUUGUUUGGUUUGAAACAAAAACAGUUGAGUAAAUAAGGUCAUUUGUCAUAAUUAUAGUCAAAGGAAUCAUAUGGUAGUUACAGUGGAACUGGUUUACAUCUUUUAAAAGUUUGACUGUCCUUUAAAGGCGUUGUAAUGGGUUUGGUAGCCUAUGACACAAAAAGUAAUUUUUUAUAUGGUUUUGGGCGUAGAAGGUGGUUUUAGUCUAGGCUUGGUGAAUUGAGGUUUAGUAAAGCUUAGGCUAAGCUUAGAGAUAGGAUUAACGCUGAAGCUAAGGCUAGCGCUUAUACUUAUGCUUAUGCUAGAGCUUAUAUUUGGGCUUAUGCUAGGACUUAAGCUAGGGCUCUGGCUAGGACAUCUAAGGCUUUGGCUUUGUAAUCUUCGGUCUCAAACUCUGAGUAGGCUUCUUAGAGUUGUAAUAAAUAUAGGCUUCUAAGUGUAGUUUUUUAGGCUAAUUUUUCUAAGCUUAAGCUUUUAAGUUUAAGCCUUUAAUUUUAAGGCUUAGUCUUUCAUGUUUAAGCCUUUAAUUUUUAGGCUUAGGCUUCCUUUCAGGUUUGAACUCCUAGGCUUACAAUUUCAGUUUUAAGGCUUUAGGCUUAAAUUUCAAAGCUAAAGUUUUCGUCAUACAGUGGUUUUAAAUGCACUGUGUAUCGUAAGCGGGGACUCAAAGCUAGUGAUACAGAGAUUACGCUUUAGAGAGUACUGUUGUUAUACAGGAGUUCUACUGUAUUUAGUUUUUUAUUUUUGUCCUUCUCGUAGUGGAAAAUUCCUAAACGUUUUAUUACUUUCUAACCAUUAAUUACAUUUUAAAUUUCAUUUUUUCUUAUUUAUCGAAUGUUUUGACCUUUAGAAUCACGGGCUUCUGAAAACUAAGAAAAAAUGACAAGAACUUCCUUUACAAAACAUAAAAUGGCAAAAACUUUCUUAAGAAAACUUGAAAUACAGUGGAACUCCUGUAUAACGAAUCGCUCGGAAAUUGGGAAUUUGUUCGUUAUAAAGGAGUUUCGUUAUACAGGAGUUUUAAAUGCACUGUGUAAUGGUAGACGGGGAUUCAAAAGUUGUUCGUUAUACGGGAGUUUCGUUAUGGAGGAGUUCGUUAUACAGGAGUUCCACUGCAGAAAGAGCUUUCUAUACAAAACUAAUAAUUUUAUUUACCGUAUAACUUGUCGCUCGCAGGUUGCAGAAACCAAAUUUUUUGAUUUCAUGAACAAAUGGCAAGAAAUUUCUUUACAAACCUUAAAAUGGCACCCCCUCCCCCCCACCACUAAUAAAAUAACAAAAACCAUCAGCAAAUCACCCAACCGGCUGUCAUUAACAACAACCCCCCCUCCGCAGUCGCUUCACAAAAAUGAUUUCUUAAGAUUCUCAAAAGUGAUGUAACCAUGGGUGAAUGAAGUCACCGACCACGCGCUGCCAUUAUUAAAAUCGACCUUUUCUCACGUUUACUCGCUCUGACAGUCGAUGCAAUUUCAUCGAUGGGCUGAUGAAAUCUGCGAUGAGCGGGUUCAAGCAUCGAUGAGCAACAAAACAUUUUCAACAUGAAAUCGAAAGUUUUGUAAUUUUGCGAUUUUUAGUGAUUUGUGAAAGAGGUACAUCUAAGAAAAGGUCGUUUUAACAGUAGGGCUGAUUUGAGUGUAAAUGACAAGAACUUUUUUUACAGAACAUAAAAUUGCAAGAACUUUCUUUACAAAAAGUAAAAUAGCAAGGACUUUCUUUACAAAACAUAAAAUGGCAAGAACUUCUUUUACAAAAGGUAAAAUAGCAAGAACUUUCUUUACAUAACAUAAAAUGGCAAGAACUUCUUUUACAAAAAGUAAAAUAGCAAGAACUUUCUUUACAUAACAUAAAAUGACAAGAACUUUCUAUACAAAACAUAAAAUGGCAGGAAUUUUCUUUACAAAGCACAAAACGGCAAAAACUUUCUUUACAAAACAUAGAAUUGCAUUUAUCGUAUAACUUGUCGCCCGCAGGCCGCAAAGUACAAAAUUUUGAUAUUUUUUUAAAAAACAACGCAAACUUUCUUUACAAAUUAAAAAAAAAUGGCAAAAACCUUUAAACACCUACCUUUUCUCCCAAAAAAAACUUAUGAACCUACCCCUAACCCAAAAAUGUUUUUACCCCAGCCAAAUGUGUGUAAAACUGAAUUUUUGAAGCAUUUCUAAUUUACCUUUUAUACUAAAAUAUUUUAUUUUUUUUUUGUAUGGCCACCCCCACUUUACAACAUAUUACAAUAUAUGCUCUAUAGUAAAUAAAUUGUAAAGGUGGGGGGUUUACUUGACCUUUGUUAGGCAUAUCUAUCUAUUCCUUCAAAAAGUAGAAAAAAAAGUUUACCACGCCCAAUUUUUCGGACCUACUCUACCCUACACUAUCUGUUUUACCCUACCUUGCCCUACCUUACCUCCCUCCCCCUUCUUUACCCCACCCCCACCACACAUCCCCGCCUCUCUACCACGCAUCAAUCUUACAAAAAUUCAAAGUCCCAUUUCCCAUCCGCCACCCAAACCCAUGCCUAAACAAAACCAAAAUUUACAUCAUCUUCAAUUCUUUACCACCGCCUUAAAUAGCUGUGUAAUUCAGCGAACACAAGCCAGAUCAUCAUAAUGAUGCUAACACACUUUCGGAACCAUUAAAGGUCUUUUUCGAUUGCAAAUCGCCGGAAAAAGAAAAAAAAAUAAAAAAUUGAAGAGAGGAAUUCGAUCGCUCUCUUCGUCAAUGGAAUGACCCCACACAUUUCGUCGAUAAAAUUGCGAUGAGAAACGAAAAGUUGAGAAGAUUCGUCAUCAUGAUGAUUUGUAAAGAAAGUCCUUGUCAUUUUAUGGUCUGUAAAGAAAGUUCUUGCCAUUUUACGUUUUGUAAAGAAAGUUUUUGCCAUUUCAUGGUCUGUAAAAAAGUUCUUGCCAUUUCUUUUUUAAAUUGCGAAGAUCAGUCUUCUGCAGCCUGCGGAUGACAAGUUAUACGACGAGUUGCAUUUUGAGCGCCGGAAAGGAAGUUUUUGCAAUUUUAAGUCUUGUAAAGAAAGUUUUUGUUAUUUUGUGCUUUUUUUCACAAAAUUACAAAAUUUACCGUUUUGCAGCCUACGGAUGACAUAAUAUACGAUGAUUCGUAUUUUAAGCUCUGGAAAUAAAGUUCUUGUUAUUUUAUGUUUUGUAAAGAAAGUUCUUGUCAUUUUACUUUAUGAAAAAUCCGAAAUCGCUGUUCUGCAGCCUGCGGGUGGCAUGUUAUACAACGAAUUGCAUUUUAAGCCCUGGAAAGAAAGUUCUUGCUAUUUUAUGUUUUGUAAAGAAAGUUUUUGCCAUUCUAUGGCUUGUAAAUAAAAUUCUUGGCGUUCUUAGCUCAAAAAUUCAAUUUAAAAGAAAGAACAUUGAUAGCUAAUAUAGAACACCAAACACUAACAAUUGCCAAUUAAAAACCCCAUAAAUAACUCAAUUUAUACCUAAAAUACAAAACAAAAAGUUAGUUUUUGUGCUGUGUAACCCUGACAUGAAUUGCCUUCCGGUCGCCCAAAAAUAACCGUUCUCUCACGCAUCUUGAUUUAUCGACCCAUCUGAUCGAGAAUGGCGAGAUGAGUGGUUAUUUUGGUCAAACGACCAAUGACUUUUGGCUUCAAUAAGCUUGGAAGCAAAAUUGCAAGAACUUUCUUUACAAAACGUAAAAUGGCGAGAGCUUUCUUUACAAAUCUUAAAAUGGCAAGAACUUUCUUUCCACACUUCAAAAUGUUAUUCAUUGUAUAACUUGUCAUCUGCAAGCUGCAGAACAAAAAACGUUGGUUUUUAUGAAAAAUAGCAAUAACUUUCUUUACAAAACAUGAAAUGACAAGAACUUUUUUUACAAAACAUAAAAUGCCUUUAUGAGGUAACCGUCGUAUAAGUUGUCACGGGCAGGCUGCAAAACAAAAAAUUAUGUUUUUUCAUGAAAAAAUGGCAAGAACUUUCUUUACAAAACAUAAAAUGGCAAAAACUUUAUAUAGAAAACACAAAAUGAAGUUAUAAAAUUAUAAAGUAACAUCCAUCGUAUAACUUGUCACCCGCAGCUUGUAGAAUUGAACAUUUAUUGAUUUUUGGGCGAAAUCAAGUAAAUAUGAAAAAAAUAAAGUAAAAUACGCAUAAAAUGAAAUUUUUUAAAAAACUUCAAAAAUUAAAAUACAAAUUUUUUAAAAAUAAAUAUUUUAGGUUUGGUCAAAUCGGGAGUGCACUGUAUUUCCGGCCGCAAAGUGGCCGUUAAGAUUGUGAACAAAGAAAAACUCAACGAAUCGGUACUUCAAAAGGUCAGUUUUAUAAACUAUCAAAUUUGAUAGUUUUUGGAAUUUAAUUUUGAUUUUUUUACUAAAUUUUUGAGUUCACUUAUUUAAAAAAAAUUUUGUUAGGUACCGACACGAAAACUUUAAAUUCUAUAACUUUCUUGGCAUAACGUUGCAAGUCGACAUUUUGUUUUUAUGUUCAUCGUAAAAUACGUUGACAGCAGCUUUGCCAUUUUAUAUGACCAUCUUAACUAUUUCUACAAACUCUUUGGGUUCCACAACGAAAACCCUGAAAAUCAAAAAUUUCUUUGGCAUAACGUCGCAGCUUUAUAAUUUUUGUAUAUAAUUUUUUUUAAAUACGGUUGCGUUUACAACGUUUUUUUAUAUGAUAAUCUUUACUAUUUUUUACAAAGACUUUGGGUUCCUAAACGAAAAUCCUGAUAAUUAAGAGCAACUGGAUUUCAUUUUCUAAUGUUAGAAUGAUCUAUGUUGACUUACAAAUUAAAUUUCAAUAGAUUUUAAACCUAAAAAAUGAAAUUUAACAGUUGUGUGAUUUAAAAAUGGCAUUACUUUCAGGUCGAACGAGAAAUUGCCAUAAUGAAACUGAUAGAACAUCCAUAUGUCCUUCACUUAUAUGAUGUAUAUGAAAACAAGAAAUACCUGUAAGUGUCAUUUUUGAUAAACUUUUACUUUUUUUAAUUUUUUUAAAAUUUUUAUUUUUGCACGGUGCAAUCUUUAAAAACUUUGCACUGUGCAGACAAUUUUUAGUCUUUAAUGCCAUUUUUUGUUGACUUAUUAUCAUUUUUUGAAAAACAAGUACUGUCAUCGUAAAAAGCAUGGUUUUUUGUACUAAAAAUGUUGUUUUAGGUAUCUUCUACUUGAACAUGUGUCCGGUGGUGAGCUAUUUGAUUACCUCGUGCGUAAGGGCAGGUUAACGUCGAAGGAGGCCAGAAAGUUCUUUCGCCAAAUCAUUUCGGCGCUGGACUUUUGCCAUGCUCAUAACAUUUGGUAAGAUUUUUAAUUUUUUAGGUUUUUUUUUGAAAAAAAAAUUUUUUUUGAGGGAUUUUUGUUACCUAAAAUAUUUAAAAAAUAGGUUUUUAUUGUCUAAAAUAGCAAAAAAGUAAAUGUUGUUACCUAAAAUACUGAAAAAGUCAAAUUUGUUACCUAAAAUACCAAAAAAAGUUCAUUUUGUUACCUAAAAUACUCAAAAAAUCAAGUUUUGUUACCUAAAGUAAUAUUAUUUUAGCCACAGAGACCUAAAACCAGAAAAUUUGCUACUAGACGAAAGGAACAACAUCAAAGUUGCUGAUUUCGGCAUGGCGUCACUCCAAGUCGAAGGAUCAAUGCUGGAAACGAGUUGCGGAUCACCACAUUAUGCUUGUCCUGAGGUCAUUAGGGUAAGUCAUGACAAUACAUUUCAUGACAAAAUAUAUGUUAAUAUUAUAGAAAUAAAAGAUGAAAAAUUUUAAUGUAUUAUAAUUGCUUUGAGUUUUUAAAUCUUAUCAUUUUUUUAAAUUUUUUUAUAAAAUAACCUUACAGUGCAAGACUGCACCGUGCAGCCUAUGUAAUUUGGACUGUUGCACCGUGCAGUCAUUCACUGUGGGCAAAAAAAGUCAUAUGCCAUUUCUUGUUGAACUAAGGGUUAAGUUAACAUUUUUUCUAAUUUUUUGUAUUUGGCUAGGGCUUAUUUUAUAUUUUUAUAGUUUCGGCAGUUUGACUUUGGCAAGGUUUUUUAAAAAUUUUAAUUUUUUAAACUUUGCACUGUGCAGUUGCGCACUGUAAUAAAAAUGGUUUUAAAUGCUAUUUUAAGUUUAAACAGAGGUUUUGAUGAUUCUUGGGCUUUGAUAGGUCUGUAUUUUAUAGUUUUUUACUUUGGUCGAUUUAACUUUGUCACAAAAUUUUUAAAUUUCAUUUUUUAUUAUUAUGGCCAUUUAGGUCAUUUCUUGUUGAUAUCAAGUAUAAGUUUUGGUUUUUUAUGACUUCUGGGUCAGACUAGGACUGCAUUUCAUAUUUUUACACUUUUGUCGGUUUACCUUUGUCACAAAGCUUUAAAAUUUCAGUUUUAAACCUUAUCAUCACCUCUUUUCCAGGGUGAAAAGUACGACGGUCGAAAGGCAGACGUCUGGUCGUGUGGUGUCAUUCUCUACGCUUUACUAGUCGGUGCCCUACCCUUCGACGAUGACAAUUUGAGGAAUUUGUUGGAAAAAGUGAAGAAAGGCGUUUUUCAUAUUCCCCAGUUCGUACCUCCGGACUGUCAAUCCUUAUUGAGGGGCAUGAUCGAGGUGGACCCGAAUCGACGAAUGAGUUUGGCAGAAGUGUUUAAGCAUCCCUGGGUGGUUGGGAACACGAGGAGUGAACCAGAGUUGGAACUACCCAUGGCACAAGUGGUACAAACUCAUGUUAUACCUGGAGAAGAGCACAUCGAUCCCGACGUUUUUCGGUAAGAACUUUGUUUACAGAAUAAGAAAUGGAAUGAAUUCUGGUUUUUGAGCUUGAAAUGGCAAGAACUUUCUUUACAAAGCAUAACAUGGCAAGAACUUUCUUUACAAAGCAUAAAAUGGCAAGAACUUUCUUUACAAAAUAUAAAAUGGCAAGAACUUUCUUUACAGAACAUAAUUUGGCAAGAAUUUUCUUUACAAAACAUAAAAUGGCAAAAAUUUUGUUUAUAAAUCAUAGGAUUUGGUUCAUCGUAUAACUUGUCACACGCAGGUUGCAAAACACAAAACUUGGCUUUUUAUGACAAAAUGGCAAGAACUUUCUUUACAGAAUAUAAAAUGGAUUAAUUUUGGAAUUUAUGGCUUAAAAUGGCAAGAACUUUCGUUACAAACUAUAAAAUGGCAAGAACUUUCGUUAAAAAACGGAAAAUGGCAAGAACUUUGCAUGGGUUGAGGUAAAACGGUAUUCAUCGUAUAACUUGUCACAUGCAGGCUGCAAUGCCCAAACUGGCUUUUUAUGAAGAAAUGGCAAACACUUUCUUUACAGAAUGAAAAAUGGCAAGAACUUUCUUUACAAAGCUUAAAAUGACAUACAUCGUAUAACCUGUCACUCUCAGCUCGCCAACCCUCAAAACUCAUACAAUAUUCUCUACAAUCACAAAGCUCUUUUUUCAUUAACCAAAAAUGCCAUUUCCAGCCACAUGAACAACCUGGGCUGUUUCAAAGACAAAGAGAAGCUGGUGACCGAGCUGUUGUCAAACAAGCACAAUACUGAAAAGAUGGUGUACUACCUACUUUUGGACCGGAAACGCCGUCGACCAGCUCAAGAGGACGAGACUGAAGUCGUGUUAAGAGACAGUAACAGAUCGAUUGAUCCACCACGGAAGAGGACCGACACUUCUAGACCACGAUGUCCUACUGGAGGCAUCAGUGAAGGUUCACCUAUCAAUCCUAGGAGAACUUAUGGGUAAGAUACUGUAACAUCUUUAAAGCCUUCAAUUUUGUUGUAAUAAGCGACAAACUUUAUUAACUUUGUCACAUUUCAGUCGUCACGGUCGUCAACGCCACUCCUCCCUGACCGGUUCACCCACCAACACACCCAGACUUGGUCGAUCCUUCUACGCCGCAAACACCAGCAACCUGAUAGCUACAGCACGACAAGCCAAUUCUACAUCAAUAUCAGCCGCAGCUUCACCAUCGAACUCGACCACGUCAGCUUCGUCGAUGAUCAACUCGGUGCUAAGUGGGUAUCCACAGACUACGGUGAACAAUGGGUCGGUUAGCGACCGGUCGAAUGGUGCUUCCCGGGCGCCACAGAACUUCCAUUAUUAUACUCAACCGGUCGAUCCUACAGUAAUUGCAUCGGCUUCGCCUGGGCAUCGAUCGAGGAGGAAGGAUAGUGCUGGAAGUCAAACAGGUACGUUUACUUUGUCUUACUGUUUCACCGCACCUUAGGCCCUACCGUACUCUAGACCCUGCUGUACCCUAGGCCCUACCGUACCUUAGGCUCUACUAGACCCUAGGCCUUACCAUACUCUAGGCCCUACCGUACUCUAGGCCCUACCGUACCCCUGGCCUUACCGUAUCCUUAGCCUACUAAUGUGUUCUUUUAGGUACCCACAACUCAGCAGUAGCCGCCCAAACCCCAUCCUCUUCAUCUCGCGCUUCUCUGAUUCCUCAGAAUCCAGAUCAAGCUCAUAUGGGCUCGUAUGUCACCAACCCCAACUCAAAUGCGUCAUCCUCGAACUCACUAGCAUCUGGAGGGGGAUCAGCCACCAAUAUCACUUCGAUACCUUGGAGAUCGAAGUUGAAUACUAUCAAGAACUCAUUCUUGGGUACUCCACGGUUUCAUCGACGUAAGAUGAGCUCUAACAGUGGUAAUGGCAGCGGGGUGGAGAGUGACAGUGAAGAUAGCAAUUUCGUCGAGACUAAUGAGUAAGAUUUUAAAGUUCUUGUUGUUUUGACUGGUUUUUGAAAUUUUUGGGGUUUUUGAUAAUUUUAAGGGGAUUUCUGAUUUCUUUUUGAAUUUUUGGUGAAUUUUUGAAAUUUAAAAAAAAUUUUUAAUUUUUAUUUUUUUUUAAUUUAUCGAAAAUUUUUGAUGUGUUUUGAAAUUUUCCUUACCUUUCAAAAAUAUUUAUUUUGUUUUUCAUUAUUUUUGGCAUUCAAUACUCGUAGAAAAUGAUUUUUUGCUCACAGUGCAGACUGCACGGUGCAACCGUGCAAAUUACAUAAGCUGCACGGUGCAGUCAUGCACUGUAAGGCUUGUUUUUAAAAAUGAAAUAAAUGACAAGUUUUUUGAAUAAUUAAAAAAAUUUUUAUAUUUUUUAAACGAUUUUUGAUUUUUUUACCUUUAUUUUACGACGUAUUUUUAAUAUUUUUAAAAAAAUUUCGAAAUUUAAAAAAAUUUUUUUUUGAAAAAUUUACUUUUUUUGCAUAAAAAUGACAUUUUAAUACUUGUCUAACAAAUUUAAACCAAAAUAUAUUUUUAGUCUGGUCAAAAAGUCUUGGUUCGGCUCAUUAACAUCGAAUGUUGGGAACGAGCGAGAGGAUGUACAUUGUGUGCCAGUUGAAGGCAAAACGCUCAACGCAAUCAAGGCAGAACUUAUCAGGGCAUUUUUAACAGUAAGUGCUUUUCAUUUAUAUUUUGAUUUUUAGGUUAUGUCAAUUUAAAAUGGCCAUAAAUUUGAAAUGUUUGGGGUUUUUGAGGAAAAUAGGGGUUUUUUGGUAGAAAAUUAAGGAAUUUUGAGCGUUUUUGCCAUUUUUAAAUUGAGGAUGGUUGUCUUAAUAAUAUUUUUUAAGUUUAUCAGGAUCUUGGUGAUUUUUUGUGUCAAAAUUUGUUAACGUUAGCGCUAAAAAUGGCACGAAACGUUACAAAACAUGGAUAAUAUAGGGGUAUUUUGCACAGAAUUCGCGAUUUUUAAUUUUUUUUGCCAUUUUUAAAUGAAGUGAACAAUUUUAAAUGCUAUUUUUAAACUUUUUAGGUACCUAAAGACAUGCUAAAUUUAUUUUUAUUAAAUCUGUUACCUAUUUCAACUAAAAAUCGAUUGUUUCAGAUCCACGAACUGAGCCAUCACGUCGUAGGGCAAAACUCAUUCAAAGUCGAAUAUCGUCGCGGCUCCACGAUGGGCUUCUCACGCGGAAUCAAGUUACAUGUCGACAUUUUAUCAACCGACCAAUCCGAUACCGCUAGUCCAUUCUACUUUGUCCAAUUCACUUUGACCGCGGGACCGGUGAGACGGUUCCGCCGACUGGUCGAUCAUUUGGCUGUGAUUCUACAGACGCCUGGACAACAACCACGGUUCGUAUAAAUAGGUUUUGAACAAAUAUUUAGUUGGUUUUUAGUUUUGCAGGUUUUUUGCGUUUAAAAAUGAUUUUUUUGGUUACAGUGCAUGACUGCACGGUGCAGCAAUGCAACUUACAUAGGCUGCACGGUGCAGUCUGCACUGUAAGUUUUUUUUUUGAAAAAUGCUAAAAAUGAUAAAGUUUAUGAAACUAUAAAUAUUAUUUUUUAAUUUUGUAUUGUUUUUUGACCUAUUGGUUUUAAAUUGUAUUUUAAAGUUAAAAAAUUUUUUUUAUUAAUUUUGAAAAAUUAAAAUUUUUUUUCAAAAUUUAAUUUGAAAUACAAUUUAAAACCCCUUUUUUAAUCAAUGGUAACUUUUUUCACAUUUUAUUUUACCUUGUUGUAGUACCAGUAUGUUGUAGGGUCGAUUUUCUUUUGGUUAUACCAUGUGUUGUAUAAACUGAUAGUAUCUUAAUUUACACUUGCCUUAUUUCGAAGUUAACAACAACCAUCACUUAUUUCUCUUUUCUGUACACAUUGAUUUUGACUUUUUUAAUUUUUGUGCACUUACUACGGUUUUGAACUUGGUAUCUUUGGUUUUUUGAGGAUUUUUGGAGGUUACUGAAGGAAAAAUUAAGUUUUUGCCAUUUUUAAAUUGACCGAUAAAGAAAAUUUUUACAAAAUAUGAAAGUGUAGACCCUUUAUGAUCUUAGGUGUUGAAUUUUACUCAUUUAUGUUGAUUAGAAAUGGCAGAAAACUUGAAGCUUAAAGUUAGAUUCCACGAUUUCGGGGAGAAAUUUACGUUUUUGCUAUUUAUAAAUGGACCUAAUUAGAAAAUUAGAAAAAUAUAUGAAAUUUUAGUUUGUUUAUGAUCUUUACUUUUGUAUUUUACUGUUCUAUGUUAAUCAAAAAUAGCAGAAAACAUAAAUUUAACUCUUACGGACCCGUUCACAAAAAUAAUUUUUUUCAAAUUUUAGUUUUUUUUUGCUAAUACCCUUAAAAAUGAUCCAAGAUACCAUACUUUUAACCGUAGUAACAUAAGAACACGUUAUUGUCAGGAUAUUACCUAAUUUUGUGUCCGGUUAUUUAUGAAUUUAUUUCGUUUUUUUUUAAUAAAUUUGUUUUAACACUGGUGAUUGUGGUUCAAUAACAACAUAAAUGGUGAUUGUGAUAGCCUCAGGUUUGGGCAAAAGACAGGGCAUGGCAAAAUAACCCUUGUACAGGGCAUGGCGUUUUAAUUUUUGAUUUUCUGCCGUAUGUCCCAAGCCUAAAGGCUAUGAUAAUAUAACAAAAAGGUUAUAUCUUGUUGUUGGUAUUAUGAAUUUCAUUCAUAUUUUUGUGAGUACGAUGCGCAUACAAAGCAGUUUAAGAUAAUAUGAAGAAUUUUAAAAUUUUAGUCCAGGAACAUCCUCACAGAAUGCGACAAACAUGGUCAGGCCUAGAAAGUUGUCGGACGCUUCAGUAAACUCAACUGAAAGUGACGCCGAAUCAGUGGCUAGCAGUCGACAUAAUAGCAAGGUAAAAUACGACUUAAUCUUUAUUUUUAAAAAUUUCUUGUAAAAUGCCCAAAAAAUCAAAAAAAUUAUUUAUUUUUGUUUUUUUAAAUAAUUUUUGAUGAUUUUUUACGUUUUUUUUAUUUUUAGGUAAUUCUUAAUAUAAAAAUUAUUUUUUGUUGAUUUUUAGAAUUUUUACGGCAUUUUUUAAAUAUUUAUUUAGUUAUGUAUCAGUUUUAUUACUUAAAGGUGAAAGAAAAUCAUUUUUUUGCCCACAGUGCACGACUGCACCGUGCAACAGUGCAAAUUACAUAGGCUGCACGGUGCAGUCGCGCACUGUGAGGUUUUCUUUGAAAAUGAAAGAAAAUGAAAUUUUUUGAAAUUGAAAAGUUUUAUUUUUAAUUAAUAAUUGUUUUUUGACUUUUUAUAUGUUUUAUUACCAAAAAUUUAAAUUUAAAAAAAAACUCAAAAUUUCAAAAAAUUUUUUACUUUUAAAAAAUUUUUAAAUUUUACUAAAAAAUUAAAAUUUAGACCUCAACAGCAUCAACCAGCUAUGUAGCAGCAUUAAAAGCAGCCCAAAACCGACAAAACCAAGCCCGGGUAAUUCAUCGGGGGUCGAUUGGUAAUGAUGCUGAACAUCGAAAAGGUAAUUUUUAAAAUUUUUAAAGAUGUUAUUUUAGGUAACAAAUAAACUUAAAUUUUGUAAAAAUUUUAUUUUAUUAUUUAAAAAAUAAGCUAAAAUACAAAAAAAAACGAAUUUCUUGGUUACAGUGCAUGACUGCACUGUGCAACAGUGCGAAUUACAUAGGCUGCACGGUGCAGUCGUGCGAAGUGACAUUUUUUGAAAGGUUUUGAACUUUUAUUUAUUUUAUGACAUUUCCAGCCUCAGCCAAUCUUCAAAUAAACAACAAUCGUGUAGCUGAUACUUCUGGAAGUCGGAGAAAUACGAGUGCAGCUGUGUUGGACACGUUUGGUAUACCUAAUCCUCAACCAGUCAUACCUAAAAAACGGUCGAUUGAAGUUCAGAAUCCUGAAGCACUGAUUUUCACUAAUCCACUGUAAGUACUUUUCCUACCCUACCCUACCCUAUCCUGCCCUACCCUGCCCUACCCUACCUUGCUCUACCCUACUCUACACUACCCUAGACACUACCAUAGCUUAGGCCCUACCGUAGUCAACCAUAAAUCCUAAAUUACUCUAGGCCCUACAGUACAAUAAGCUUUACCGUACUCUAGCUCUUACCGUAUCCUAGGCCCGACCGUACACUACCUUAGUGUUUAUUGUACUCCAAACCCUACCAUAUCCUGAUCUACUUGGAGCCCGUACGGUAUCUUUACGUACCUUACUGUAGGUCCUACCGUAUAUUUGCCAUUUUUCAGCCCCUACUUUAAGAUUACUGUACUACUCUACUCUAUGACCUACUGUAUCCUAGACCCGACUGUAUCUUACCCUACUCUACUUUAAUCUAUGCCCCAUCGUACUCUAGCCUUUGGCCCUAGCCUUGUAUUAAACUUAACCCUAGCUUCAAUUGUACUUCCACUCUAUCUUAAGCUGCCCUAUAUUACUUUACCUUGACCCACCUUAUUACAACUACAAUAAGCCAUAAUACUAUAAUAAUAAAUAAACAUUACAGACACCAACCGACCACCCCAUCAGCCACAUCUCAACCUUCAGCAUCUCCUCGAUUUCCCACCAGUUCGUCACGUCAAAGCGGUGUUACUGUAGAUGAGCCUAUGGCAGAGUCACCCACUACUGUUAUAUAA